AUGAGCAAUUGGGCGCGACGGAUGCACCGGCGAGCUGCUACAUUGAGCAAUGUAGUCACGUCUUGCGGACAUCCUAAUUCUCUCCCGUAUCCAAGACGUUUAGAAAAAGUAAAAUUUGGUGUUCCUCUUCAAGAAGUAUGCAAAGACGAUAUUCCAGGGCCUUUGCUUGUGCUGAUACUAAAAUUAAACAAAGAAGCGCCUCUUCGUCGCGAUGUAUUCCGCGCUCCUGGCCAUCAAGGUGCCAUGAAAAAAUUAAUACACUUUUUGCAGUCAGGCCGACUCGUUAAUGUAGAUAAUUAUUCAGUGUACACAAUUGCUAGUGUUCUAAAAAAGUUUCUAAGAAAGAUCCCAGGAGGAGUAUUUGGACGAGAUGGAGAGAUGCAUCUGUUUGCAGCUGUAGAAUUACCGCAAGAACAGCAAGUGGGAGCGAUUCGUGGACUCCUGCUGUCUCUGCCGGUGUGCACGCAGAGGCUGCUCGUGUUACUUUUCGGCACGUUCCGGGUGAUGGCCUCGAACGCUGACAAAGCAGGUACAGGCAUGACGUCGGAAGCCCUGGGCGUGUCGGUUGCCCCGUCAUUCUUUCACUCUUGCGUGUCCGAUGGCAAGACUGCCACGAUGGAGGACGUGCAGCGGUUCAAGGUGGCGACGCGUAUAAUGAGGCAGUUGAUCGAGCAGUUCAGCGCCGGGGAUCUGUUCGGGCGGGACAACUAUGAGUAUUACGCCCGGGUAACCGGUCGUAUACUGCGCGUGAAGGAUGAAUGGAUUUGCUCCUUCCGGGAUCCACCGCCGCCUCGACACCAUCGCGAUCAAGAGGCAUAUGCCCGACAGCUGUCAUUGGAAGCAGAAAAAACGUGGUUGCAGUGCGAAUGCGAUCGCUGGGGCAACAAAUUCAAUCUGGAAGGGCUGUCGAAGUCGGAGGAGUGCCAGUCCAUGCCGGCGCUGGCGCUGGCGGGCGGCGGCGCGGGCGCGGCGGGCGGCGCGCUCGGCCUCGGCAUCAUCCCCGAGCACAGCCUGCUCGACUCCUGCACGCGCCUCUCCAUAUCGCUCGAGGAGAGCGUCUUCAAGGUUUCCGUCAGUUCGUCAUCACAAUCGUCUUGUAAUUCCAGUUCCAGUCCGCACAUGACGUUGGAAGAAUUGCGCGCCAUCAACAAGUACGCCGAGAGCACAAAGAGCCUCUCGUACUUGCCCCAGGUGCACGAGCGGCAGCGGGCGCGCAUGCGGAGCCGCUCGGAGUGGUUCCUGCAGCCGGCCGCGUCGCUGGACGCGGCCCGCUCGCGCGCCGGUACGCCGCCCGCCCCCGCGCCCGCGCUCGCCCCCGCCUCCGCCCCCGCGCCCGCCCCGCCCCUCCCUGCGGCCGCGGGCUGCGCGCGGGAGGCGCGCGACGAGAGCACCGCUCUCUACGUGCUUGUGGCCUGCCUAGAGUUUUUGUUUUGA